AUGGCAGCGACUCCGUCGGAUGUGGAGAUGAUGCUCGUGCACGCGAUUGAGUGGACGUCGUUCAUGGAGUCGACGUAUACGUUCGCGCUUGAGGGGACGAUAGCUAUCCUGUGCUACCUCCUCGCCGGCCAGGAGGCUCCCCACCAACUGCCAUGGGACACGAUACGCUGA